GGAUGAUUUUCGCGAUUUUAACAUCAUCGGCGAACAAAGAAAUGAACACGUCGUCCAUUUCGUCCACUAUGUCGUUGAUGAAUAACAGGAAUAGUGUGGGUCCGAGAUGACUACCCUGUGGUACGCCAGAUGAUACGUUGAAUUCAUUCGACUCGCUGCUCCCAUACUUAACGAAUUGCGUUCUGUUGGACAGGUAUGAUUCGAUCCAAGCAAGAAGAUUGUCUGGCAGGUUGAACGAUCUGAGUUUCAGAAUCAAUCUCUUGUGGUUUACUCUGUCAAACGCUUUACUGAAGUCCGUGUAGAGAACGUCCACUUGCGCACCAGAAUUUAUGCCUCUCUGGGCAUAGUAGGUAAAUUCGGUGAGAUUAGAUGCAGUGGAUCUGGACUUCAUGAAGCCGUGUUGCUUUUUGGUGAUUUUGUCCUGUACCAGAGACCAAAUUUUGACGUUCACCAAAUGCUCGAAGAACUUCGCCACAGUUUGAAGCUUAGCAAUGCAACGAUAGUUUUCAAUUUUCGAUCUCGCCCCCUUUUUGAAAAUAGGUGACACACUCGAGCGUUUCCAUUUGUCAGGAAAAUGGCCAGUUGACAAUGAUUCAUUGAAAAUCUCGGUGAGUGGAGCCGCCAAAUGACUCGCACAGUUUUUCAGUAUCAACGGGUGCAUACCGUUGGGACCCGUACCUUUCUUUGUGUUCACGGCUUGCAGCUCUUCAAGCACGAAAUUGAUGUCGAGCUGGAAUUCCUCAGUUUGGUGUGACUCAUCGGUAGGCGAUUGUUGAACGCCUUGAGUCGUUGAGUCAUCGUAGUUGCUACUGAAGAAGUUCGCAAACAGGUUGGCCUGUUCGGUUUCGUUUGCUGUGCACACAUCACCAAAUUGCAUGAAUUUUGUUUUUUUGUCGGUGCUCUUCUUUAAAUUGACAUAUUGCCAAAAUCUCGAUGCGUCAUACUUGAGCGAGGAUUUCAUUAUCUCCACGUAUGUGUUGUAGAGUUCCGUGUUGAGUUUAUCGAAUUCACGAGACGCCAAAAUGUAUUUCCAUUCAAACGACUGAUGAUAUCCUGAUCGUCUGUAGCGUUUCCAUGCCUUAUUUUUCCUAUUUUUUAGUGUUAUUAGGAAUUUAUUUUUCCAUGGACAAUUUUGUAUCGACUUGACGAUGUAAGUAGGCACAAAUUUGAUGAUUGCAUCGUCCAAAGUCUUAUGCAGCAAGUUCACCUUCUCGAUGAUUGUCUUUCCAUGGAAUAAUUCGGUGAAGUUAAUAUUUGCAAAACGGCUGAAUCCGUUUCGGAUGACACUGGAAAUCUCAAUCCCGAUGGCAUUGAAAACGACGCAGAAUCUUUGAGCAGCGAAGUGCUUUCAAUCAUCGAUGGUAGUGACGAUUCACGUCCAAAUUCAAGACCAGGCUCGAGCUUGAAUUUUUCUGUUGAUUCACAAGAUUCUUCAUCGUGUCCGGCACCAGCAGCAAAACAGCCAAAAUUAAAACGUUUUAUAGAUCAAGCAAAGUUGCUCGAUAAAACGCAUGAAAAGAUGGAAGCACGCAAUUUCGAAUUGAUCAGAAAAAUGGAUGGAAGAGCUACUCUUUUGGUCGAUGGAUGGCAAAAUUCAUCUGCCAAUAAACACUAUGUUGCCACUAUGCUUGCAACGUCAAACGAUCAGAAGGUUUUCUUGGAAUCAUUCAACUUUUCAACUCUCCGUGAAACAGGAGAGAAUCUGAGUGACGCUGUUGAAAAAGCAAUUGAGCUGGUCUCGCAAACCGUUUAACAGAUGCCGGUGGCCAUAAACCAGUCUUGCCUUGCGCAACACGUUGGACAAGUCAAUGCGGUGCAGCGGAAUCAAUGAUUAAGAAUUUGACUGCUAUGAAAACAGUAACCGCUGCGUGUGAUGCCGAAGCAGAUGUUGAUGAAAAAGCCAUAAAACCCAAAGCCAGUGUAUCAUCACUUCUUUUCAACGUGGAUUUUCUUGCGUCAGUUAAAAAAUUGAUUGAAGUUUUGAAUCCAGUUGCUGAAUUGACGAAUUUUUGCCAGAAAAGUUCGACUUCAUCUGCUGAAGCAGUUGAAAAAUGGCUCCAAUUGCAAAGUGAUGGUCCUGAAGAAUUGAAACCAUUCUUAGAAUACCGCACCAAACAAAGCAAUGUUUUCAACACCGUUACAAUGACGGCAAACUAUUUACAUCCAGUUUAUCGCGGUAAACGGAUGAGUCAAGAACAGCUCAAUAAAGUCAAGAAGUACCUGUUUGAAAAGCUCGAUGGUGAUGAGCUUGAAUCUCUGCACAAAUUUACGGAAAAUGAAGAGGUAUUUGGCAAUUUGGUUCGAAAGAAAAUUGUUUCGCCAAGAACAUUCUGGCAUUAUGCCGCCGAACUUAAUCAUAAAAAGCUAGCUGCCUUCGCUAUGGACUAUUUAAAGAUUCCAGCAUCAACAGCCCAACUGGAACGUCUGUUUUCUCAUUGGUCGCAUGUGCAUAGCGAUACCAGAAACCGGCUGUCCGAUGAAACUUCUAAGAAGCUUGUGAACGCAUAUUUCACAUUAAGAUCAACCGAUGAUUUACCCGAUGAGGACAGCGACAUUGAAGACGACAUCGACAAUGACAGUGAUUCCGAUUCUGACUAAAAUCAAUGAUAUCAUUAAUUUCAAUAAAUGAAAACUGUUUAAACUCACAAUUAACAUGUCAUUUUCCAGACAGAAAUCAAAAUAAUUUCUAAAUAAAGUGCAAAUUUCAUUAUUUGUAACCAAAAA